AUGUCAGCGCCUACGCAACAAAUAGAAGACGAGAUAGAUCCAAUAUGGACUAGCAGUCGUACAUCGCGGCAGAUCUAUGUACUCGGGGAAGUUGAGAAAGAUAUCAGCCGUCUAUUGUCCCUAGCGGCUUCGAGUAUCUCACUUUUGACUCUCCCUCAAACAGAUACGGAGGGGGACUCCCUCCCACGCGGAGAAGAGCGUUCUGAGCAGUUAGUACUCGAGGUCAGCGAGUACUUUGAACGAUUGGAUUCGAUUCAAUUUGCCAUUCGCUCCACGCUGGCACACAUAAGACAGUCUCGCAUUGCACCGUCGACCAUCCAGGCCCCUCCGCCGGGCUUCGUGCCGCCCCCUCUGGGCGUUGGUCUCCCUUCUGUCGGUCUGGCCGCAGGCAAGCGCAGUCGCGGGCUCCAAGAAGAACGCGUGGAACGCGAUGCUUGGCUGCUCGUUGUGGACGCCUUGAAACGGCUGAAAGAAGCGAAGGAGGCGGAUGAUGCCCAAAGCAAAGAUCAAAUGGUCUUCGACGACACAAGCUAA